ACCUCUACACCACUCCGACUUCCAACACCACAUCUCCAACACCCCAUCCCAAGUCCGCUCGAAGCAUGCGUGCAGCUUCCUACCCCUCCCUCGUCCCUUAGUACCACCAACACCAUAGCCACCAUGCCGCCCACCCUCGACCCCCACACCCACGCCAUCGUCCCCCACCCCGGCGAAUGGCCCGUGGAUCCGCAAGAAGACCAACCCAUCCGCCACGACCGCCUCUGGAUCGACGGCUGCUUCGACUUCUUCCACCACGGCCACACAGGCGUGAUGCUUCAAUCGCGUCGCCUCGGCGCCUCGCUGCUCGUAGGCCUGCACACCGAUGAGGAAAUCGCGGCCAACAAGGGCCCCACCGUCAUGAGUCUCGCCGAGCGCGUGGCGGCCGUGGACGCGUGCCGCUUUGCCACGCAGUGCAUCCCGCGCGCGCCGUACGUCACGUCUUUGGCGUGGAUUUCGCACUACGGGUGUUGGUUUGUGACGCAUGGGGAUGAUAUUACCAGCGAUGCGAAUGGGGAGGAUUGCUAUCGGUUUGUGAAAGAGGCGGGGCGCAUGAAGAUUGUGAGGCGGACGGAGGGUAUCAGCACGACGGAUUUGGUGGGGCGGAUGUUGGGUGCGAGUAAGGAGCAUUUUAUCAAGAGUCUGCCGGCUGUGUUGGAGGGGCAGGAGGGGAGGGAGAGGAUGAAGGAGACCCCUACGGAGAUGAAGAGAAGGAUUGAAGAGUAUGCUGCGGCAGAGGAUGGGCUGGAUUCAUGGGUGCAGGUGUACUCUUUCGAAGACUCUGCCCAGCAGCAGAAUGGACACGCUGGAAGCACAACACCACUUGUCUCCCUCGUCUCGGGCCAGCCCCCGCGCCCCGGCCAACGAAUCGUCUACGUAGACGGCAGCUUCGACCUCUUCUCCUCCGGCCACAUCGCCUUCCUCGAAACAACCACCGCGCUAGAACACGCCCACGCGGAAGCACGCAACUGGUACGACGCAAGCGCCGCCGCCUCUCGCAUAGCGCAAACAGGCUCCGACUACGGCCCCGCCUACAUCAUCGCAGGCCUACACUCCGACGCCGUCGUCAACGCCCACCGCGGCGUCAACUACCCCAUCAUGAACAUCUACGAGCGCGGCCUGUGCGCCAUUCAAUGCCGAUACGUGCACUCCGUCAUCUUGUCUGCGCCCAUCAUUCCAACAAAGGAGUACCUCUCCUCACUACCCACUGGUCUCCCUGACGUCGUCUACCACGGCCCCACGUCCUUCCUCCCGACUCCCACGGAUCCAUACGCCGAUGCGAAGAGUCUAGGCAUUUUCCAGCAGGUUGGUCCGCAUCGCUUCCAGGACGUCGAUAGCGCGCAGAUCGUGCAGAGGAUUCUGGACAAGAGGGAAGAGUACGAGGCGCGGCAGCGGAAGAAGGGCAUCAAAGCUGUGGGCGAGGAGGCGGCGAGGAGGGAAGAGAUGGAGAGGGAGGCGGAGGCGAAGGCAAAAUUGUCGAAUGGCAAGGCUGCGUCUUGAUGUGCUGAUAUCCUUUUGAUGCAAUGAUACCCCCACCCCGAAUUCAACAUUUAUGGCUAGAGAAGAUUGACGAA